AUGAUGGAUCAGCGACAGCGAGAGAAGCUGCUUCACAAAACCGAGGCCUGUGCUUCCGUGGCAGGUGUUGAUGCCGAGCUUCGAUUUGUUACCACCCCAGGGAACAUCACCAACACCAACAACGAUACCGGGAUCUUCAACAACAACGGCAGCAGCAGCAGCGUACCUCAAACUCACGGGUCGGGUCGGAUCCACGACGCUAAUGACCUUGGUCUCGUCGCUGCGGUUACCACCCUCGGAACUGUGAACAGGAAGAAGAGAAUGCCCAGGCAACGAAGAUCCACCACCAACCCCAACCCCAACUUGUUUAUGCACAUGAACCACUUCAACAACCCUUUCUCCUCCAACCAGCAACAGGCUACUUUUCCAUCUUCAACUCCUUCCUCGUCCUCGCACGUGCCACCCUCCUCCGCCACUCCUCCUCCUCCUCCUCCCCCUCCCCCUCCCCCUCCCCAGGCAGCACGUGAAAUUGAUAAUAGAGGCUUGAGAUUCCUUUUCCAGAAGGAACUGAAGAACAGUGAUGUUAGCUCCCUAAGGAGAAUGGUAUUGCCAAAGAAAGCUGCUGAGACUUUCCUGCCAUCAUUGGAAUCAAAAGAGGGAAUUCUAAUCAACAUGGAUGACAAAGAUGGCAUCCAUGUCUGGAACUUCAAGUACAGGUUUUGGCCUAAUAACAACAGCCGUAUGUACGUACUUGAAAACACAGGAGACUUUGUCAGCACACAUGGCCUUCGAUCUGGCGAUACCAUUAUGAUUUACCAAUACUUUGAAAACAAUAACUAUGUUAUCCAGGCUAAAAGGGGUUCGGAUCAGGAUGAAUUUAUGGAACAAACUAAUGAUACUGUCAAUGACAUCUUCGGCAGUGACUUGGAGGCGAACAAACCCGAAUCUUGUUUUAACAUACCCUAUGAGGUUAAUAAUUCUGGCAUGUCAUUCAUAUAUGACACUUCUUUCUCAAAUGACUCGCCACUUGACUUUUUGGGUGGAUCAAUGACCAAUUUGCCGAGGAUUGGACCAUCUGAAACAUUCGGGUCGGUCGACAAUUUGUCGCUUGAUGAAUUCUAUUAA